AAUCUGCCAUUUCUGCUUUAAGAAGUGUGGGCAGAGCUGCUGUGCAAAGUCCUUCUGCUGACUUUUCCCAGCCUGGCUGGCAGGUUUAAAACCCAGCGUGCACAGACAGAAGCAAGCUGCAGAUACCACUGAAGGUCUGUAGACUUAGAGAAGGCUCAGAAGCAUGGAAAGCCUCUGCACAGCAAACAGCACUUUUGCUGUGGACCUGUUAAGAAAGCUGUGUGAGAAGAAAAGUGGGCAGAAUGUGUUCUUUUCACCAUUUAGUAUUUCUUCUGCUUUGUCUAUGGUUUUGCUGGGUUCAAGAGGUAGCACUGAAGCCCAAAUGCUUAAGGUUCUUUCUCUGAAGAAUGCCCAGGAAGCUCACAAUGGGUAUCAGUCCCUUCUCUCUGAAAUUAAUGAUCCAAACACCAAAUACAUCCUGAGAUCUGCAAACCGGCUCUAUGGAGAAAGGACCUUUGAGUUUCUUCCAUCAUUUAUAGAGUCCAGUCAGAAAUCCUACCAUGCUGGCCUGGAACAGAUGGACUUCCUGCAUGCUUGGGAGGAUUCCAGGAAACAAAUCAAUGUCUGGGUGGAGGAAAGGACUGAAGGUAAAAUUCAGAACCUGUUGGCAGAGGGGACUCUCAAUUCCCUGACCAUGCUUGUGUUGGUGAAUGCCAUCUAUUUCAAAGGCAACCUGGAAAAGCCGUUCAGGAAAGCGAGUACCAGAGAGAGGCCAUUCCAAAUUAAUAAGAAUGAAACCAGGCCUGUGCAGAUGAUGUUCAAGGAGGCAAAUUUUAACAUGACCUACAUUGGAGACUUCCAGACCAAAAUCCUGGAGCUCCCCUAUGUGGGUAAUGAACUGAGCAUGAUCAUCCUGCUCCCUGAUGCAAUCCAGGAUGGCUCCACAGGCUUGGAAAGACUUGAAAGAGAACUUACAUAUGAGAAGCUGAUGGAUUGGAUCAGUCCUAAAAUGAUGAGGUCUACAAAAGUUAGGUUGUCUUUACCCAGAUUUAAAAUGGAAGAAAAUUAUAAUCUGAAACCCAUCCUGAGCAGCAUGGGAAUGCCUGAUGCAUUUGUCUUGGGCAAGGCUGACUUCUCAGGAAUCUCAUCUGGCAACCAGCUGAUGCUCUCAGAAGUGAUUCACAAAUCCUUUGUGGAAGUCAAUGAAGAAGGUAUUGAAGCAGCUGCUGCCUCAGCUGCAGUGUUUUUGUGUGCAAUGAUAGUUCCGGAAUUCACUGCUGAUCAUCCUUUCCUCUUCUUCAUCCGGCACAACAAAACUUCCAGCAUUUUGUUCUGUGGCAGAUUUUGCUGUCCCUAAAGAGGAGAUGUCUUGGCAGCAUAAGUGCCAUCACACAAUAGAUUUAUGUUUCCCUAGAACAAGGUGGCUCCUUCUGCACUAAUUGUCUCUUUCAGCUCUGCCUGCACUGUCUUCUGUGAUCUUUAUCUCCUGCUUGGCAGGAAUAAGAGAGCUGCUUAGACAAAGAUGGCGCUUGCCUUGUCCAGGCCUUUCUGUGCCUGUGUGUAGAGGUCUCCGGGUUCUUGUUGACACAAAAACCAUCCCACUUGCUCCGUGAGUGCUUCUUCUCUGCUUGAGUUCACUUUUGGUGUCCAGCAGGCAGAGUCAGGUAGUGAGAGCCCAUGAAAGUAAAGUGGUUACUGUUGUUGCCCGAUCUGAAGAGAACACAAAACAACCGGAGUUGCCUUAUGAGGUGCUUUAUUAGGGCCCGGGAGCCUGAGGACUUUCGUCCAAAGUCAGAGCCCCAUUUUGCCACAGAAUCUGCAGGGUUUAUAUACUUUUCUUAACAUGAUUGCUUCAUUUAAUCUAUAUGCAUCGCUAAGCAUCUUUAAAGGCAUACAGAGAUUUAUUAGGUACAUCAUGACAUUUGUUACUUAGCCAGAAGGUGCAUUCCAUACAUAAGGUUUAGUACAUUCUCUAGAUAAUACAUCCUCUCAAUCUACCAUGCACUAAAGUUCACUCAAAGUUUACCAGGCCUACUGCGGCCUUAGCAUAACUACUGCUACUCAUGCUAACUAUUAUAUUGCUUCAUUAAUCUAGACAUCUAUCUAUUAACUAGAAUAUGAUUUCAAUGAUUUUCGAACUUCUGCAACACUGUUGCUUGUGACAAGGCUGGAGCACAUCUGUAGCUGCCCUCCCCUUAUAGGUUCCAGUCACAUCCAUUGAGUGCCUUGAUACAUUGCCUGUAGCUGAAUGGAGUUUUUGGCAGCCUGUUCCAGGUAUUGCUGAACAUGCUGCAUAGAUGGGAGUUUUUGACUAACAACUGGGCCAUCAUUUGGUAAGAAUGGGAAUGAAAGGAUGUUUUUGUACCUGAUGUCCCUGGGAGGUAUGUGUGGGGUGAGUACCUUGGUUACAUCACCCGAGGACACUUGUGUUUAUUCCCUGUCCCCUGGUCCCCUGGUUCUGGUCCUUUAACAAAGAAUGUAACAAAAGAUAGCAUGGUGCCUAUGCAAUAUUUGAAUAAGAAAGCCUUGAUUUUUUUUUUUUUUUUGCUACUGUUUUAUGUUUAUCCUAUUAAUAUUCUCUGAGACACCAUAGCUUGCCUGUAGAAUACCAAAGUCAGAACUACAACAGCUUUCCUUAUAUUGGGAUGUAUCUUCUGGGUCCUGUUCCUGGAAUAAUAAAAGAAGUAUAAGCA